AUGUUCCCAUUCUCUAGCAACCCUAAAGCGCAAACCGUUGAUUCUUUGGUAGACUUCAUCAACACGGUCAACCAGUCCCAAGAGACUAGAGACCCCAGUGGACACAGCGUCGACGGAAGCUGCGCACGAUCAGGUCGGCCUACCGCUGAGACACGAUCCGACUCAGACUUCACCAGAGGACCAAGCAGUUUCUCGUUCCGGAGCAAUGAUCCGCGUCUGUCUAAAAAAUCCAUCGAGGCAGAUGUCACAGCCACUGUCGCCGAUGACAAUCUGUUUGGCCUCUUGAUUGCAAAGGACUUGUGCCCCCCGUCUCUCAAAGCAUCAAAGAAAGCCAAGGGAUGGCAGCGUUUGGUUACGUUCUUCAAGACCGAGUACGAAAACUACUUGACCAGCGAAGAAUACAAAGGCGGGUUCUACAGGUGCACGACCGAUACUCGCAUUGUGUUCGGCCUGAAAUCACGUAUCAGCUUUUGUUGUACCGGCCCUGAGAACCGCCUGGUGAGCGUGCACUUCCGCAUGGACGUGUUUGAUGACAGGAUCCAAGGACCUGAGUGUCCCAAAUUUCACGAGGAGAUGCACCUUGACUUCGACGAGAGCUUCACGAGUGUCCAGGCUCAGGUCAAGGUAGCUUCCCUUGGAGAGACGCUGGGGAAGCUCGACAAAGGACCCGACGUUACUGUUCAGAUUCACGAGACGGAAGAUAGUAGCGCAGCCUGGUGGAGAGCUUUUGGGCGGAUUAGCGGGUGGGGAAAAGGGCAUAAUGGAUUGUACCUGUUCUACGGGGUGAUCGAUCCCUCAGGCGACCCUGCGCACAAAGGUGUUGAUACAGCCUCCAAUCGUGACCUGAACAGUGUCGAUGAGGAUGCUACAGCCUCCGAUUCCGAAUUAGACAAUGAUGAUGAGGGUGAGUGCCGUAGGAUCAAGCGGUCGGCGCGAGAGGAUCUCGAGGAGGAUUGGGAGCCCGUUAAAAUCUAA